UCAUUUCCUGGAAGAUGAAACAAGUUCUCUUCACAAUCACACUCAUUCACUCACUCACUCACUCACACUCUCUUACACUCGUAGAGUAGAGCGAAGAAAUAACCCUAACCUAAACCCUAGCUUUCGCAAACGCAUUCGUUGAUCGGAAUGGGCCACGUAGGUUCCAGCAAGGACGGCACCAAGGCCGGCGCGUCGAUGGACAUCUUCGGCGGCGACGACGACGACCUCGGCGACCUCGGUCCGAGCAACGCCGAAAUCCUCGAAGAAAUCGGCGAAUGGAAGGUCCGCGAGCUCUGCAAGAAGGCCUCGAUGCUGUUCUUCAACGAGUACGGUCUGAUCAGCCACCAGAUCAACUCCUACAACCACUUCGUCGCCAUUGGCCUUCAGCAAACCUUCGAUUCCUUCGGCGACCUUGUCAUCACGCCCGGCUUCGAUCCUUCCAAGAAGGGCGACAACGAGCACUACCGUUACGCCUCCGUCAAGUUCGGCAAGGUCAAGCUCGAAAAGCCCAUGUUCUGGGGCGGCGAAGGGAACGCGCAGGAGUUUAAGAUGCUUCCCCGCCACGCCAGGCUUCAGAGGAUGACCUACGCUUCCAAAAUCAAAAUCGAAGUUAACGUUCAGGUCUAUGUUCCGAAGAAGGUUCGAAGUGAUAAGUUUAAGACUGGGAAGGAGGAGUUCCUGGAUAGAGAGAUUCUGAAGGAAGAUGACAGGGAGAUUAUCAUUGGGAGAUUGCCUGUCAUGGUCAAGUCUGAUUUAUGCUGGAUGAAUGGGGCGGAAAAGUAUGACUGUGAAUUUGACCAUGGCGGGUAUUUUCUCAUUAAGGGUGCAGAGAAGACUUUUAUUGCACAGGAGCAACUGUAUUUGAAGAGGCUAUGGGUUUUAAAUAGUCCAGGCUGGGUUAUUGCCUACAAGUCACAGAUGAAGAGAAAUAGGAUGGUUGUUAAACUGGUAGGGAAUUCUGGUGGCAGUGAAGAAACGGACAAUGGGGACAUGUCUCUGACUGUGUAUUUUUUGUCUGUUGAGAUUCCUGUGUGGAUACUAUUUUUUGCUCUUGGUGUCUCUUCUGACAGAGAGGUUGUAGAUCUCAUUGGAUGUGGAAGUGAUGAUGCUAGAAUUCAGAAUAUUCUCUUUGCAUCUGUUCGUGAUGCUGAUGAAAAAUGUGGAUCAUAUCGGAGAGGUAAGUUUGCAGUUCAAUAUUUAGAAAGUAAAGUAAAAGGUGUCCAAUUUCCACCUUCUGAAUCUAUUCAGGAGUGCCUUGAAAUGUAUGUCUUUCCGGGAAUUAAAGGAUUAAAUAGAAAGGCGCGCUUCCUUGCAUAUAUGGUUAAGGGUCUCUUGCUGGCUUAUACUGGCCGCAGAAAAUGUGAUAAUAGGGAUGACUUCCGAAAUAAGAGGCUUGAAUUGGCCAAUGAGCUGCUUGACCGUGAGUUGAAGGUGCACAUUGCACAUGCAAGGAAGCGAAUGGCAAAGGCUUUGCAGAGAGACCUUUACGGAGAUAGGGAAGUACGCCCAAUUGAGCAUUAUCUCGACGCAUCAAUAAUUACAAAUGGUUUGCAAAGGGCAUUUUCGACUGGAGCAUGGUCACAUCCAUACAAGAGGAUGGAAAGGAUCUCAGGUGUGGUUGCAAAUGUUGGGCGUACUAAUCCCUUACAAACCAUGGCCGAGUUGAGAAGAACACGGCAGCAAGUCCAGUACACGGGAAAAGUAGGGGAUGCUAGAUACCCGCACCCGUCUCACUGGGGAAAGGUAUGUUUCCUCUCUACCCCAGAUGGUGAAAAUUGCGGACUAGUAAAAAAUUUGGCUGUCACAGGGCUAGUAAGUACUAAUGUAUUGGACACAUCUGAAUCUAUACUGCCUAAAUUGUUGGAAUGUGGAAUGGAAGAACUUGUAGAUGAUACUUCCACUCGUCUGGGUAACAAGGACAAAAUCUUCCUAAAUGGUGAUUGGGUUGGAGUGUGUGCUGAUUCCAGUUCGUUUGUGGCAGAGCUACGAAGUAGAAGACGGAGAAAUGAAAUGCCUCAUCAGGUGGAGAUCAAGAGAGAUCAAUCUCAACAUGAAGUGCGCAUAUACUCUGAUGCAGGAAGGAUUCUACGUCCUCUUUUGGUAGUUGGUAAUCUACUCAAGAUUAAAGAUUUUAAAUCAGAACGUUAUUCUUUUCAAUCUCUAUUGGAUAGGGGUGUGAUUGAGCUGAUUGGACCCGAAGAAGAGGAAGACUGCACUACUGCCUGGGGUGUUCAGUAUUUAUUUGGAAAAGAGGGAAAACGUACUGCUGAGUACACACACUGUGAACUUGAUAUGUCAUUCUUAUUGGGUUUAAGCUGUUCACUUGUACCGUUUGCUAAUCAUGACCAUGCAAGGAGGGUACUCUACCAGUCUCAGAAGCACUCCUCACAGGCUAUUGGCUUUUCUACAGUAAACCCGCUAAUUAGAGUUGAUACUUUGUCUCACCAGUUACACUACCCCCAAAGGCCACUUUUUCGAACAAUGACAUCAGAUUCUCUUGGAAAAGCAGAACUGUGUCAAAAGGAACUACUUCCAAAGGCAGAAUUCUAUAAUGGGCAGAAUGCAAUAGUGGCUGUCAAUGUACAUCUGGGAUACAAUCAAGAGGAUUCCCUGGUGAUGAACCGUGCUUCGUUGCAGCGUGGUAUGUUCAGAUCUGAGCAUGUAAGGAGUUACAAAUCUGAAAUUGAAAAUAAGGACUCUUCGGAGAAAAAGCGAAAACCUGAAGACAUUGUAAAUUUUGGAAAAUUACAAAGUAAGAUUGGUCGAGUUGACAGCCUUGAUGAUGAUGGCUUUCCAUAUGUUGGAGCAAACUUACAAAGUGGUGAUAUUAUUAUUGGGCGGUGUGCUGAGUCUGGUGCCGACAAUAGUGUGAAGUUAAAACACACUGAGAGGGGUUAUGUGCAAAAGGUUGUGCUGUCUUCAAAUGAUGAAGGGAAAAAUUUUGCUGUGGUUUCGUUAAGACAGGUUCGAAGUCCAGUUCUUGGAGACAAGUUCUCCAGUAUGCAUGGACAAAAGGGAGUUUUGGGAUUUCUGGAGUGUCAGGAAAAUUUUCCUUUCACAAGACAAGGCAUUGUUCCUGAUAUUGUCAUAAAUCCGCAUGCAUUUCCUUCACGACAAACUCCUGGGCAACUCCUAGAGGCUGCUUUAGGAAAGGGGAUUGCUUGUGGUGGUAAACUGAGAUAUGCUACGCCUUUCUCCACUCCUUCUGUUGAUGCCAUUACCGACCAACUUCACAGUGCUGGAUUUUCAAGAUGGGGAAAUGAGAGGGUAUACAAUGGGAGGACUGGUGAGAUGGUCCGAUCACUCAUUUUUAUGGGACCGACGUUUUACCAACGUCUACACCACAUGUCUGAAGACAAAGUGAAAUUCCGCAACACUGGACCGGUUCACCCGCUGACCCGACAGCCUGUAGCUGACAGAAAACGAUUUGGAGGUAUCAAGUUCGGUGAAAUGGAGCGUGAUUGCCUUAUUGCUCAUGGUGCAUCAGCCAACCUGUAUGAACGCCUCUUCACACUCAGUGACUCCUCUCAGAUUCACAUAUGCAGCAAAUGCAAAAAUGUUGCAAAUGUGAUCUUGCGGCCAGUCUCCGGUGGCCGGAAAAUACGAGGACCUCAUUGCCGCCACUGUGAUUCUGCGGACGAAAUUGUGGUGGCCAAUGUCCCGUAUGGAGCAAAAUUAUUAUGCCAGGAGCUCUUUAGCAUGGGCAUAAAUCUUAAAUUUGAAACUCAACUUUGUUAGACAGCACUAUUAACAUGUCUCUUGUUCAUUUUGCUUACUUUGUGAAUUCAGUGUAGAUAUCACUUUAAUUCGUGGAUGUUUUCUUGGAUGCAAGCCACUUAGGAGUAUUGCAUGA